UUGAGCUAGCUGAGCGGAGAGUUGAGUUCAGUACGGUGGAUGGAGACGUCGACAUCGCUGUGCAUAUAGUGGCUAUAGAUGCGGGUCAGAUUGAUGUCAAUAUGUUGUUGAAGAUGUGGUGAACUAACAAGUCUAGGAACAUUUUCUCUUUGGAGAGCGAAAGGAUAGCCUACUGCUUUAAUUAGUUUCGAGAGUGCUGAGUGUCAACAGGUGUUUCACGUUAAUUGGUGCUUUUUAUCAACGCCACCAUGACUGACCGGAACACAUCAACUAAAUCCUUCAAACAGAGAAAGAGCUUCGCUGCAAGAAAAGAGGAAGUGGCUGGUAUCAGAGCGAAGUUCCCUAACAAAAUCCCAGUGAUUGUUGAGAGAUACUACAAAGAGGUCAACUUACCCCUCCUAGACAAGACCAAAUUUCUGGUCCCCCAGGAAUUGACAAUGAGCCAGUUCGUUACAAUUAUAAGAAAUCGCAUGCAGCUGAGUGCUACACAAGCUUUCUAUCUCAUCGUCAACAAUAAGAGCUUGGCCAGUAUGUCCAUCACGUUAUCGGAGGUGUAUAGGGAUGAGAAGGACGAAGAUGGCUUCCUGUACAUGGUGUAUGCAUCACAAGAGAUGUUCGGUUGAUGCUGUUGGCCUGGCAGGCUUGGGAAUGGAAGGGGAGAAUGGAAGAAACGCCAGACAAAGAUGUAUAUUUUUUUUGAAAAUUAUUCCGAAGGAAACGUGUAUAUAAUAUAAUGCUAAGUAGAAACAGGGAGGGAAAAAUGGUUUGAGUGUUAUAGAAUAGCAACAGUGCCAGUGAAAUUCUCAUUGGUCAUCAGGUCAUGUGACCUGUCACCACGCCAUUAGGCUGAUUAUCUCUCCACUUUAACAGAAUAUCAAAGCACAAACAGUAGACAGAUAUGAUUUGGAACAUUUACACGUUUGUUGUCAACAGUAUAUUUGCAUGCAGUUUUCAAACUUCAGUUACAACACUCCUAUUCCUAUACAAUUAUGCGGAGCACGUUAAAUCCGCAAGACAUUUCACAUUUGGUUUACUGCAUGUGCAUGCGAUUGAUUUCGUUACGGACACCUCUCAGAGACAACUUUAAAUUUCAGAAACUGCCUGGCUCAAGCAGAAUAUUUGAAUUGUGUUGAGCGACCUUGAGCAGUGCGCCACAACAUAUCUUCAAAUCAAAAUCAACAUUUCAGUUUGUUUGGGGGGGAGGGGGAUGUUUUGGUGAGAGGCCGCUCAGUCAGCAUUUAGGAUUUGUUUCGCGCAAGAAAACAGAGCGUGUAAUCUGAAUGUGUCACAGAAAUAUUCAAACGCAUCCAAUCCAUCUUCAGCUGUGGGCUUUGUUUCAUUUCAAAGGCCUAGUGGCACUACACUAGGCCAGACUUAUGCACAGAGUUCGUGGCUGAACAGUGAAAUCGCAUGUGGUUUAGACCAGCAUGAUUUUGUUCAACAACAGUCUUUCGUCUGGUUAUGCUUAGGCCAGAAACAUGCAUUAACAUGUACGUGUACGUACUCUGCGUGAUCACAUCGUUAGUUUUGUGCCCAUUUGUUUGUCUUAGAGUUUCAAUAGCUGGUGUUUGGGCAGAUGCAAGACUUGUCUGAAUAAUCUGUCGGGUGUUUGAUGAAAAGAUGCUUAAGUCAGGUGAAAAUGUCUUCUGGAAAUCAGCUGCCAUUGCUAUGGCUUCCCUCACUGGUGACUGUUUGGCACAGGUUUGACAUCAGUCAACUGGCUUCUCAUUUUUCUUCAAUAACAUGAUCUCAGCCAUUCUGUUAACUUCUGCUUGCAAAAAGUUAGAACCCUUUCUAGUUAACAUCAGAAGUGGGAGCGUUUGUUGACGUUAACUUGCAUUACAUGCACAGUCAAGUCUUUUUCAUGAAAAAUCACUGUACUGAGGUGGCACGUAAAAGUUUGAAUAUUCAAAAUUAUUCUGAAAGAACUACUAACUUCCGAGAACUUGCACUUCAUACAUGUCAGGGAGGGCAUUGUAAUUAUACAUGUACUGUACAUGUGUAGGGAUGAAGGACCAAAUUGGCAUGGACCUCACAUGUCAAGGACAAACUCCAGAUUUUUUUGUAGCUCUGUGUCCAACAUUCUAAGGCAGACUCAGUGGCCUGAUUGAGGACCCUGUUAUAGCAGUGUUCUCAAGAGGACUGCUGAAUUUGUAGGGAGAUGCUGAUUUGUCAAGCUGAAGUCACAGGCAGACCCUCCAUGGCAACCGCUCAUGGCCUUGGCGCACCAGUACCGGCAAAAUCCUCCACCAGUUCAAGAAAAUGCAGUCCUGAACGUGCAUAAGAGCGUACAUACGUAACUGCCUAUUUCUGUGUCAUACGCAUAUGAAUGCAUUGAAUGAUGUAGCGUGUGUUGAAUCUAUGUAUUCAAUUUCUAGUGGAUAAAAAGUGAUAUGCAGUUUGGAAUGAAUAAUGCGUGUGUUUCACUGCCUCCAGUAGCCUUCUACUUGUACCAUGCCAUACUAGUAGUUUAUCUGUACGCAUUAUGAACAGAAAGUAAGAAAGCAAAGGAUUGAUGAUGAUUGUCAUCCUGCUAUUCUAAGUACGUUUUGGGAGUGUUCACUUUAUGCAAAGCAGUGGACAAAUACAGCGUAGCAAGUUGAAGGAUCUCCAAAAUAAUGCUACUAAUUUAAUAAUAAUAAAAAUAAUGCUAAAGUCUAUUGUAGGCACGUGCAGAAACCUGUGUGUAAAUUGGAAAGGCUCUAUUGUCUACAUUCCCUGAUAAAUGUCAACUGUGGCAGGCAUUGAGGAUUAAAUUAUUGAGUUAUUUCUCUUUAUUGGUUUACUGAGAACAAACAAGUAAUUAUUGUAAAGUGGCAAAACUCCCAACUGUAGAGGGAGGUGUGGCUGCAUUGUUGCUUGAGUAGAAUUGAUCAAAUUCACAUACUCAAAAGUAUAAAUAACCUUAUUUUUGUACUGAUUUGCUUGAAAAAGUUAACAUUUAAUAAAAUCAGCAAGACUCAUUGAUAAUAAGCAUGAAAAUGUGUGUACAUUUUAAUUAAGACUUUGAGGUACAUCUCAAUAUAAAAUACUAUGUUUCUGUUUGUAAUUUCCAAAGAUUUGUUUGAUUGUAUGAAUUUGUAGACUGUUUGGAUAAGUACUUUUCAGAAUGCCUGUACAUAGACAAACACUGCAGACUUUUGAUUGAUUUGAACUGGUCCAAUUACUGUAUUCCCACUGUCUUUUGUCGAUACUGAACCAGUUCCAGGUCAACAGGUGUACAUCGGCUUUGCCAAAGAGUCGCAAUCAUCUAUCACUGGUCCUGGCAUUUUGUUUGUUGAAAUAUCUCAUAAACGUGGGAGGAUUACAACAUGCAUAAAAAGAUGCGGUAUCUAGAAAUACCAAAACGGUGGAAAGCAUAACUACAUGAAUGUGCAUGCAGAGUUCUGUUUCUAGAAUGUGAUUGUGAAACCCAUAGCAACAGUGUACAACAGCCAACAUUGCUUAGUGACCAUGGCACAUCAGUCACAUCUUUUUAUUUAAACUUCAUUUCAAGUGCUGUUGGUUAUUUGUUGGUUCUUGCACCAAGCGCCUAUUCAGAGCUAACGCAGACCUUUUACAUGUUGGACUGUUUUCUUGCCACACGGCAUUGCUCAAGUACCGUUGACGACCCUUGUCCUAUGCCUCCUUGCAAACGUUUAAAAGUCAAUUGGCAGUGUGAUAGGAAAAAUGUCAACCACCUUGAGCAUUGCAUGACCUACCCCGACAAAAAAAAAAAAUCAUAUUUGUACAAGAUGUGGGAUGAGAUAAGGUGGCGUUCAGUUCAAGGAAUACAAAUAAACAUGGGACUAGUGGCAUGUGUUGAACUGUUCCAAGUUUGAGUUUUGUUACAAUCAUGAGACGCCAUCUAUUGAAUCCUACUGCUGACAUUAAAAGGCAGUGGAAAGCAAAAUCUUUGGUCCCAAGUCCAGUGACUGAUAUUAAAAGAGAUGCGUAUUAGUUGCUGGCACGUGUGCAUGUGUGUGUCACGAUGCUUCUGCCAUCAAGGUGAAAAAAGUACUUCUGGUAAUAUCUUCCUCAAGUUACAAAUAAUAUACAGCAACAUGUGUAGGCCUGCCUUCUUCAUUUGUCUGCCAAGUUGAUGGCAUCAACCGCCAAUGUAGUAUUCAUUGAUUAAAUAUCCUGUGAUGGUGUACUGAGUGCCAGUGCAAUGUACAAGCUGAUUGAAGGUAUGCCAUAAUGCCAACAAUUUCUGAAAUAGGUUUGAGGCAGUCUCUUGCAUGCUACCACGUUGUAUUGUCAGUACUUUCAACUCUUGUUGGAAAUUGGGGUUGAAAUGAAGGGGCCAAAUCAACUGACUGAUAUUGGUCAUUAUAAAAGCAAAUAACUGUUUUAAAUGUGUUCAUGAAAAUUUGCAUGAAAAAGUGUUGGUUAAUUUAUUUGUUUGUAUCUGGAAGUUUGGGCUCUUUGCGUUAAAUCUUAACAGUAAAUGCUAACUUUCAAAUGAGGUUUGCUUAAAGAGUCUUGUCCCCUUUUUAGGGAUGAAACUAUUAGGUGUACAAGACUCGCUGAACUAGAAUGAGAAAUGAGCAGAGAUCAGUCAGGUAGUAGCUAAGCUGUAAUAUUUAAUUCCUGGGACUUUAACUCAGAAAUACACAGUGUGUAGGCAGUUGAGAAAAUCAGUGCAACUUAUGCUCUGGCCAUUUCAUGUUCAUGGUCCUCAAAUACAUUCAGUUUUAACUGCAAUAACAAAUUUUGUUCUUUUCUCAUGAGUUGGUCAUUUGUGGUAAAGCACUUUUUUUUUUAACUAUUCACUAAACUUGAAAUCAUGCCAGUCAUCAAGUCUUGUCAAGGAAUGAAACACAUUUAUCUUAUUUGCACAGCAUUUUGAAUGUGUGCUGUCGCAGAGCCAAUUUGUUCUGGGUCAUUUUGUCCUCCAGGAAAUAAGGACUGGUAAAAUCACCCGGGAAGGUGGAGCAACUAACAAUGCUCAGAUUCCCAAAUGCUGGGAAAUCUAGGGAUAGAGGAAUAUGGUUGGACUUGCCAAGGGCAGUGUUUGUUGUGUCCCAGGGGAGGUAUAAUGAAUGGAGUGGGUCAGUGCACAGAUGGAAUCUCAGAAGAGGUAGUAAUCUUUGGUUGUGGCGUUCAUGUGGUAUAGAAAGUGGCAUCAAGUUAUUUACAAUGUGGGUUAUUUUUUCGUCAGACCAUAUUUGUGACUGUUGUCAAGUUGGGUAUUAUUGUCAAAUUGCAUACACAGGGCAUUUCCAAAGAAUGCUUUGUUUAGUCCCUGUGACCAAAACACCCCAACCAGACGGCGCACACACACACACAAAACCGGUUCCCAUCACUUUGUAAGUUAUUUGGCUGUGUCUGAAACAGGUACAUUCCUGAAGACAUUCACUGUACAUGUCGUUAACGACGGAAUGCUCAGUUUUAAUGAAACCUUAAAGUAACUGCUCAUGCUGAAGGGGGGGGGGUUGUUGUUCUGUUGCAGGCUUUGUCUUCAGGUUUACUGUUGGAUGUACAUCCAUGAAUGUAGUUAUUAGGUUGAGAUCCCUUGGCCCAGUGCAGCUCAGACACCUUCACAGGAACAUCACAUUGCCUCAUGCAAGGCCAGUGUUUGGAGUACUUCUAACCGGAAAUCAUUUGAACUGUAAUAAAUUGCUGUACCCCACAUGAACUUGCAGUAGGAGAUGUGGCCAUGAUUUGGAAAACUGACCCAGAUCUCUCCCCGUAGCCUUGGGAAUGUAGUCACCUAAUACAGACGUAGUGUAGAGGACCUUGGACAUUUUGUUGAUUUGAUUCACUUACGUGAAUGAGGCUGAAAUAGAGGACUUAAUUAAUGUAUUAAGAUUCACUUGUAGUGCUAUGUGGAAGUGCCUUUUUUGAUUGCUUGGAAUUAAUGAAAUACUUGUAAUUAACAGUAUCGGUGGCUUAGGGUUUUCAAACUUUAUAUUGCAUUCCUCUGCCUGUAUUUCAUAUUGUACAUGCUUAUCUGUGAACAGUUUCCUUCUGUGCAUGGUUGAGUAAUGUGUAUGACGCUCAUUGCAUACCUUUGACCAGUAAACUCCAAGCACCACUUUGAUUGGUCAGUGUUGAUUCAUGCAUCAAGCAUUCUGAUCGGUCCAGCGUGGAGACCUACAGUAUGUCUCGUGAACCUUUUUCAUUUAAACGGUGAUCACUUUGAGUACUAGAAGUUGAAAUACUAACCCAAAUUCUGCUCUGAAAUUUCUUGGUGCCUUUUGUCUUCAAUAACAAAUCCAUCUCAAUGGUCUACAUGUACUUGUAUGCAUUUAUCUUUAUUGUAAACUUGAUUCGAAUGCAAACGUGGCUUAAAUGCAUUAAAAUGUAUUAACUCACGAAGUGUCUUUUAUCCCAUAUUAUCUUGUUGAACAUUUCAGUAACUUCAAAACAAUGUAGUGUAUUGGUUCGAACAAAAAAGAUCCGUAUUAAAUUAACAGUGGUGUUGGUAGCAAGAAAAAAAUGGUGGUAUUUUGGACGUUUGAUAAUAAAAUAAUCUGAAAAUCA